AUGCCCCAGCAGCACACCCCGCAACUGAUGUAUGUGAGCCCGUGCCCCAGCAGCCCCAGCAGCAAGCCCCCAACUGAUGCAUCAGCACACCCCGCAACUGAUGUAUGUGAGCCCAUGCCCCAGCAGCAAGCCCCAACUGAUGUAUGUGAGCCCAUGCCCCAGCAGCACGCCCCCCAACGGAUGCAUGUGAGCCCAUGCCCCAGCAGCAAGCCCCCAACUGAUGCAUGUGAGCCCAUGCCCCAGCAGCAAGCCCCCCAACUGAUGCAUCAGCACACCCCGCAACUGAUGUAUGUGAGCCCGUGCCCCAGCAGCACACCCCCAACUGAUGCAUGUGAGCCCAUGCCCCAGCAGCACACCCCGCAACUGAUCAGCACGCUCCGCAACGGAUCAGCACACCCCGCAACGGAUGUAUGUGAGCCCAUGCCCCAGCAGCACGCUCCGCAACGGAUGUAUGUGAGCCCAUGCCCCAGCAGCACGCCCCCAACGGAUGUAUGUGAGCCUGUGCCCAGCAGCACGCACCCCAACGGAUCAGCAAGCCCCCCAACGGAUGUAUGUGAGCCCAUGCCCCAGCAGCACCCCCCGCAACUGAUGUAUGAGCCCAUGCCCCAGCAGCACACUCCGCAACGGAUGUAUGAGCCCGUGCCCCAGCACACCCUGCAACGGAUGUAUGUGAGCCCAUGCCCCAGCAGCACGCCCCCAAACGGAUCAGCAAGCCCCCCAACGGAUGUAUGUGAGCCCGUGCCCCAGCAGCACACCCCGCAACGGAUGUAUGUGAGCCCGUGCCCCAGCAGCACGCACCGCAACGGAUCAGCACGCCCCGAAACGGAUGUAUGUGAGCCCAUGCCCCAGCAGCAAGCCCCCUACCUGAUGUAUGUGAGCCCGUGCCCCAGCAGCAAGCCCCCCAACUGA